GGAAAGUCCAAUUGUGAGGAAGCUGUGCGGUUUCUCCUGUAGUAGAGUGACGCAGAGCUCUUUGUCCACUUACGGAGAUAGACGCAAGUUUAAACGGCUGAUCAUGUUUUUGUCGUGCCUGGGAAACUUGACGCUUUUGUACAAGUUCUACUGACGGCCAACGCUACUGUUGCUGGACACAGUGGACGCACCGCAUCUUAACUGUAAAUCGUCGGGUGUGUGUUUAGUUGUGUGGAAUAACAAAGGCAACGACAAAGUUGGCGACGAGCUGGCGGCUAGUUGGGGCGCAUGCUAAAGUUAGCUCGCAAGAAAGAAGUUUGUUGGCUUCGCCGGUGUUGCUUGCUAGCGUCGAUGUUAGCAGCUAGCCUGUUCGUGUAAAUGCUGUUGCCUAGAAUGGACCUGUUGAACUCUCAGUACCUGGACAAGAUGAACAACAACAUCGGGAGACUGCACUUUGGAGAUGAGUCCAGGACACCCUCGCUGCCCUGUGCUAUAUCAAAUAUAACCGGGCCGCCCCCUCUCUGCCCCAGUAAACGCAAGUACGGCGAUGAACAAACGAAGGACCAAAUGAAUUGUGACGACGACCACAUGACUAAAAUGAGCAGAUUGUUUGCAACUCACCUGGCUCGUCCCUCUGCUGGGGACAACCGCAAUGAACACUGGAGCCUGAGCCACAGUCCCGUGGAGCACAUCAGCUCUUCCUCCAACGGUCUCCAUGGGAACCAUCUGUACGCUUCCAUUUCAGGCUACGCUGUGGACCAGCCGCUGGCUCUGACCAAAAGCAGCCUUGACAAUGCAAUUGGGGGCAGCGAGAGGUCCGCUGUCAGUGCAGCUGUCGAGCGGCAGCAGGUACGAUGGUCAGCAUGUCUUCCUUACUCACAAAAUCGCCCCUCUGUUAUUACCUGUGCUCCUACAAGCAACCGCAAUUGUAAACUCUCUCACUGCCACAUGAAUGGCUGCUCUCCGAGCUCAACCUUUGAUGAGAGAAAGACCAAUGCCAACACAGUUUGCGAUCCUGUGAUUGAGGAACAUUUCCGCCGGAGCCUCGGAAGAAACUACAAAGAAGCCGAGCCCUUGACCAACCCGGCGUCCAACUCCAUCUCCAUUACAGGCUCAGUUGAUGACCACUUUGCCAAGGCACUGGGAGAUGCCUGGAUCCAGAUUAAGGCCAAAGGUGGGGGUCGCCAGACCCCAGAAGCAGAUUCAUGAAGAGGUGAAAAAAGGUUCCAAUAGUCACUCGUGGAUGUCAUGUUCAUUCUCUUUUCGAGCCGAGUAUCAAAUCUCGACAGCCAAGAACAAUAUAAGACAUGGUUUUCGCAUUACCUCGUCUAAGGUUCACCCCCCCCCCCCCCCCCCCCCCCCCAACGCUUGCCUUGCAACAAAACGUUUACCAGAAAAAACAAUGGUGGCUAAAUUUACUCAAGCCAGUGUGGACAGAUUUUCACGUUGAUUAUGAGAAAAACGGAACAAACAAGAAACAAUUGUCCCUUUUUUCAUAGCUGAGAUUACGUUUGUUUACCUGCCGCUGCGGUAGCCAAAGAAACGUCUCCCUUGCCUUUCAGCACGCAAGCUGUACAUGUUUUAGCAAAAUGCGUUUAGAUUUCAAUUUGCGCCGCUUUUGCUUCUGUACUACUUGAUACUACGUUCCCCAUCUCAUUUGCACUAUUACAAAUCUAAUGGUUGAUGAAACAGGCUCCCAGUUUGUGAUUCGGAACCAGAUAAUCUAAUUGAGACUCCUUUCCCUUGCUUUCUUAAAUACACAAAAAUAAUACAGUAUUCGAAUCCUAUUCAAAUAGCUGGAUUCUGUCACAAACCUCGCUAAAUAUUUUCUCAGAAUUUAUUUUUAUUCUAACAUUGUAGAAAAUACUCACUGCUGGUCCAGUUGUACUCACUUUAUUUUUUUGUAUCUGUUUGAGACAUCCUGUUAAGAGGUGUGCGUCUUGGCAUCCUCUUGAAACCGCAGCCUCUGGAAAGGUCUGAACGCGGUUUGCUAGGCGACAUUGCUUCAUUACUCCUCAUAGCUGGAAGCUACAGCUUUGCAUGAGAUUGCAAGUGACUAAAACGGAGCUUCUGUUCGUGUUGAAUGUAUUUCACAGUUGUUGAGCUCCAGUCCUUGACGGCCGCAAUCUUUUUGACGUUUCCGUCCUCCACCAGAUUGAAUUGAAGUGAUCAGGAUAGCUAUCAGGCUGCCGCAGAGCUCGCCAAAGUGUUGGAAGAAGGAAACACUGAAAACAAACAGGAUAGCGGCCCUCUCGGAUCGGAGUGCGGCAGCUAUGCUUUACUCAUUAUGAGCACGUUGGUUUUUUGACCUUUUUGAAAAACCACAUUCCCAAUUUAGUUUGACUCCCAUCUUCAUUGACCAGGAAAAAACGAAUGGAGGCAUUUUCUUUUAAACAGAGCUGGAAAUGCAAAUGCAGUGUGGCGCGUUUAGCUCACAAUUCGGCAACAGACCUGACAGAACGUCACUACCUACUCUCAAUAACCUACUGUUAGUGUUCUUGGUGGACUAAACGGACGAAAAGUGAGUUAAUGGUUUGACCAAUAGUAAAGAUAUGGUCCGAAAGUUUUUUGUUUUGUAGUUUGCCAACACUUAUUGACAGGGGAUUGUAAAUUUGAGUAAUUAUUAUUUGAUUUAACAAGAAACUGUAUAUAUCCUGUAAUGUUUAGUGAAUCCCCUUACAUUUGUAUUAAUCCCCAUUUUGGAGCUGUUACACGUUUUCUUGUCUUCCUAUUUUACUGUACUCUUACGUGACCAUCAUUGCGCAGCGCGGAAUGAUCCUGUGUAUUUCGUUUGUAUUGCGUGAGGCAUAUUUGUAUGUAGCGUGGAAGUUCCCGAUUCUUUUCCCAUCCAAUUGAUCUUUUCUAUCCCUUGAUUCCUUUCCCCACCGUUAAGAGAUGGUGCACGUGCAGGAACACAUCAGUCUUUUGCAUGCAGAGCUCGGCCAAGAUUCACAUGUCUGCGAGACCAGUUAAGAGUCUGACAUUUCUGUGCAUAAAUACAUUGGGCUGGAGGGAGGGAUUACCACCGACUUUGACUUGUUUGACACAAGCGGAUUUUUCACUCGCAUAUGUGCGGUAUCAGCCCGUUGGUAUUUAAUUCCUUUAUUUAGACAGAAUGUAUCACAAAGACUUUUUACAAAAACCUACCGUGUCACGUAUCACCGCAUAGAUGAGGAAAAACGAUGCAUUUGUACACACGGUUACGUAUUUCUCUGGAAGAAAAUGCCAGUGUUUUAUAUUCAGUGUCUUCCAAAUAAACACAGAAAAAUAAAACGUAA